ACGGCAAAAGCGAAACUAGUCGAUGAAUAAUGAAUUAAAUAUUAAAGUAUUCAACAUCAACAUCGUGCUUAAAUUUUGCGCGUUGAAAUUUAAAAAAAAAAAUUGCAGUCGUAAGACUGCGUGCGGCCAACUAACCGCUAGACAUCCACGGGUUCAACAAUUUAUUCCAAACAAAUCAAAAAUAUCAUGGAUGAAAAUUGGGAAGUGAAUUCUAUGAUGGAAUUUGAUCACCAUCAAAAUAUUGCCCGAGCUGCUUUUGGAGAUAUGCUCUAUGAUAGUGACAGAAAUCAGUUGUACUAUAAAGCAUUGAAAAAAGAAAUCACUAGAUUGCAUAAAGCUAACAAAAAAGUCCAUGUUCUAGACAUUGGAACUGGUACUGGUCUACUAGCUAUGAUGGCUGCUAAAUGUGGUGCCGAUUCUGUUUAUGCCUGUGAAGAAUUUGAAGAUUCCUAUAAAUGUGCAAAAGAAAUAAUAAAGUCAAAUAAUUUGGAUAGCAAAAUUGUUCUUAUCCACAAGAGMUCUCAAAAGUUAAAAGUUGGUGUAGACUUACCUCAUCGUAUGAACUUAUUAGUCACAGAAGUUUUUGACACAGAGCUCAUUGGUGAAGGAGCUAUUUCAGUGUUCAAUCAUGCUCAUCAGGAACUAUUAACAGAUGAUUGUAUUGUAAUACCUUCUGAAGCUAUCGUUUAUGCUCAAGUAAUCGAAAGCAAAUAUAUAAGAAAUUUUAAUAGAGUUAAUGAUGUGUAUCACAAUAAUAAGUUAUUGAUUAAGACACCUGAAAACAUAAAGAAUUGCCAAGGUAUUGAAAGUGUAUUUGACUUACAACUCGGUGAACUACCAACAGAUUCUUUUAAAACAUUAAUCCCUGCACAAGUUAUGUUCAGGUUCAAUUGGAAUGAUAAAAAUGGUGUGAUAACAGACCGUAAAAAUGCUAUUCAUUGUAAAUCAAAAGAAAAUGGUAUUGCUCAUGCUGCAUUUGUGUGGUGGGAUUUAGCCAUGGACACUGAUGGUGAUAUUAUGUUGAGCUGUGCCCCUAAAUGGCAUUUGCAACAGCAUAACGUACCUUGGAGAGACCAUUGGAUACAAGGAGUGUAUUACUUUGCUAAUGAAGUGAACUUAAAAACAAAUGAAGAAGUCAAUGUAAUUGGUUACCAUGACGAAUUAUCAUUUUGGUUUGACACCAAUAAGUCUAGUUCAUAUUUAGAUGUUCCUUUUCCUUAUUGUGAAUGUGAUUUUCAUCGAGUCAUUAGCAGGACUCUUAUUGGGCAAAUUAAUGAUCACUACCUUACAAACAAUUAUUUAACCGCAUUGAAAAAAUAUAUUCAACCAAAUAGUAUAUGUCUAUUUUUUGGCAACUUGUCAUUUAUGGGACUCGCAGCAGCUCUAUUUGGCGCGUCAAAAGUUUAUUAUUAUGAUGUUAGUGGGCCUCAGGGUUUUGAAAAAGUUAUACAUUCAUUUAUUAGAUCUAAUGAAUUGGAAGAAAAAGUUGUUAUAUUGAAAACAUACAAAGAAGUAUUGGAAAUAAUUUCAAAACAAAAAGAGAAUGAGAAAGAAAUAUGUACAGUUUUUAUGGAACCAUCCAAAUGGAUUUUACCUGAAUGGAUUGAUAUUGUGAAAUAUUCUCUUCAAGUAAAUCCAAAAACAAAAAUAUUUCCUAGAGAAGUUACUGUGAAAAUUCAAGCUGUAGAAUUUGAAGAUUUAUGGAAAAUUCGAGCUCCUUUGACUGAAGUUGAAGGGUUUGAAAUAAUACCAUUCAAUGAAAUUGUCCAGGAGAGCAUAAAAAUAUCAGAUGGAUUACUGGAAGAAAAGCCGUUGUGGGAAUACCCAAGCAAAAGCCUUUCAAAUGCUUAUGAUUUGUUUACUUUGAAUUUUGAAAACAUUGCAAAUGAAUCUAGUUUGAUUCUCAAAAACUUACUUACUGUACAAAUUAAAAACAAAGGUAUUUGUCAUGGGCUUGUUUGUUGGGUAGAUUGGUGUUUGGAUACAGAUGUAUGUUUCUCAUUUGGCACAUCAAACAGAAAGAUCUAUAACUCAAAUUGGUAUCCUUAUGCACGACAAAGGAUUUAUUUUUUAAAUAAAUAUCAGAAUGUUAUUCCUGAAGAUGUUAUAAAUUGUGAUGCGAUUUUGUGUAAAAAUGGCAAUUUGUUAGUUAGUUUUUGUAAUACCUAUGAUCAUUAA